CGUUCGCUUGGCUGGCGUGUGUCGCACGUGCUUGCAUUUCCUUCUCUCGUUGAGUGUGUGUGUGUGUGGUCGGUGCCGGUUGUUGAGUCGCGUGUAUUUCCGAGACUCCUAAGCUCAGAGGACGAGGUGAUCCUCUCGGUUCCCAGCAGGACACGAUUUCGGUAGUGUGAUAGCGCGUUGUUUGGCAUUCUUCAGGAUUUCCAUAACGACACCAACCAUACAAAAUGUCGCGAACACUGGAGCUGUCGCCGAACGCGCACAUCAACAAGACGCUGCUCGACAAGUACAUGUCCUUGCCGAUGCCGGAUGGUAAGAUUCAGGCGACGUACAUCUGGAUUGACGGAACCGGUGAGAACGUCCGCUGCAAGGAUCGCACGCUGGACUUCAUCCCGCAGUCUCCAAGCGAGCUACCGAUCUGGAACUACGACGGCAGCUCGACCUACCAGGCGGAAGGUUCCAACUCGGACGUCUACCUGCAUCCGGUCGCGAUCUAUCGUGAUCCGUUCCGACGCGGAAAUAACAUCCUGGUGCUGUGCGAAACGUACCGCUACGACGGCACGCCAACCGAGUCGAACAAGCGCAAGACGUGCCUAGAGGUGUGCCAGCGAACGGCCGAUGAGCAGCCAUGGUUUGGCAUUGAGCAGGAGUACACGCUGUUGGACGUGGACGGACAUCCGCUUGGUUGGCCCAAGAAUGGUUUCCCGGGACCGCAAGGACCGUACUAUUGCGGAGUUGGCGCAGAUAAGGUGUACGCGCGUGAUAUCGUCGAUGCGCAUUACCGGGCGUGUCUGUACGCUGGUGUGAAGAUUUGUGGCACCAACGCCGAGGUUAUGCCGGCUCAGUGGGAGUACCAGGUUGGUCCUUGCGAGGGCAUCUCGAUUGGGGAUGACCUGUGGAUGUCGCGGUUCCUGUUGCACCGUGUGGCCGAAGAGUUCGGGAUUGUGGCCACACUCGACCCGAAACCGAUGCAGGGCGACUGGAAUGGAGCUGGCGCGCACACCAACGUGUCCACGAAGACGAUGCGUGAACCUGGUGGCCUUGCCGACAUCGAGAAGGCGAUCGGGAAGCUGUCGAAGCACCAUGAACGGCACAUCCGCGCGUACGAUCCGCAUGGUGGAAAGGACAACGAGCGUCGGUUGACGGGCAAGCACGAGACCAGCUCGAUUCACGAUUUUAACGCGGGUGUUGCCAACCGAGGCUGCUCGAUUCGUAUUCCGCGCGGCGUGUCCGAUCAAGGUUUCGGCUACUUCGAGGAUCGUCGCCCCAGCUCCAACUGUGACCCGUACAGUGUUUCCGAGGCGAUCCUGCGCACGAUCUGCCUGGACGAGUAGGCACAUCAAAGGGCCAACCAAGCGAACGUGACGCUGACGGACAUUCCAAGGAGUUGAAGGGUUGAUUUUUCCACUCGAGUUACAAACGAAAUUCGCACCAGAGCAGGAGUAGGGCCGGAGGCCCGUGGAAGGAUCCGUGGAUGUUUUAUGUUGUCCUGUGUUUUGUUUGUUUAUGUUUAGUAUAGUAACUAUAGUAUUCGCGCGAGUGCUGUCGUACAGCCGCCUUUCUUUGAAUAUGUUUUAAUCUUACCUCAAGCAAGCUGAACGCGCACCGUCGAAAGAUCUGAUAGGAGACGAAAGAAGCUUUUGUUUGUAACGAAAUGUUUGAAUAAAAACCAAUCGAAAAUGUAA